UGUUAUUGUUAUAACUGUAUCAUAAUCAUCAUUCUGGAAACUAUUGUUGACAACCCACAUGAUUGCCACUUACAGUUUUGAUUCCUUCGACCUUAACAUCUACUUGUUUGGCAAUUCUGUUCCCUAAAUUAGACAUUUGGAAUACUUGGUCAGCCUUGAAACUUCAAAGACAACAAGCUGUCUAGCCAUCUGCUGUCAUUGAAGUCCCUUGUGUUCUCACAGAUUGCAGCUUGUCUAUUCUGAAAGAUGAGCUACAAAUCUAUUCUGAGCCUGAGCGAAAUAUCUGACCAGUCUCAGAGCAACCCUGGCAGUUACUCAUAAGUCUAGCAGUUCCCGUGCAAAACACCAAACACUGUACUUAGAAAAGUAAGGCUAGUGGCAAAUGGUACUUUCCAUACCAUUCUGGAGAAGAACUAUUGUUUCUUUCUUUUUCUUUAUUAUUAUUAUUGUCAUUAUUUGCCUAUUUUGUGAUUAACUUAUGGUGCUAAGUAAAAAAAAAAAUGCCUUGCAAUCAUCUUUCUUUGGCAUUGCCAAGUUCACCCUAUUAUAUGCUCGUAUUGUGUUUGGAAGUUGUUGUUUUGUUCUUUGUUUUAGAUGAGUAGAAAGAGGGUGCAGACUAAGGAUUUGUAGAGAUUACUGCAGAAGGCAUUUUAUUUUUCUACAGAGGGAAGAGUACACCUAUCUCUUAAUUACGAAGUAUUUCAAGCUGAAACGAGAGACAAAUUCUAUUCCUGCCUUCCACAUUAAUUAGUUAGGUAACCCUGGGCAAGUCACUUAAACCUCUAAAUUUCCUCCUCUGCAAAAUGAAAGCUUUGGUCUACAGACAGCCAUUCAAAUCCCUCCAAUUUCAGUACCUACUAUGCACCACCAGUGCUAACACCACCGAUUCUUGGAGAGCUCAAAGAUAGGGACUGAAUGAACAACUGAAGGAGGGAUUUGAAUGGCUGUCUGUGUCUCCACGCCUUGAAGCAUUCACUCCUUGUCUUCCUUUAAAACCAGCUCCUGAAUUCUUGCCCAAAUAGACUGUAACACUUUUUCUGUCUGAAAAUAUACACGGGGAAAAUAAACGUGUCGGUUGCAGUCGACCUAGAGCAGACGUACCGGCCGGCGGGUGAGCUGUUCUUUCUUUGGAAAGGGCGCGCUCUGCCUGGUAAAGGGCUACCCAGUCACCCGGAGAAAUACAAUUUAAAGGGCGCCUGGGGUCAGAGUGGGAAACCCAGCCGCUCCUCUCCCGGCGGAGGCAACCUGGGAAACAUUUCUGGGCUCCGAGUCACGCGGCAAUUCCACGACAGGAAUUGUGCAAUGGGGCGCGUCGGGCGGGCGGCCGGGGUGGAAAGAAGCCGGGGAGGCUGCCGCGGUGCCAACUCUUUUUCCUCCCUAGGGAACCGCGAGGCGCGACGGCGCGGCCAGGACGGCGGAGAUCCGGACCGCCCCAAGCCCGGGCCAAGAAAGCGUCGCUUCGCUGCAGAGGCCGCGAGCCGAGCCCCGCGUGCGGGCAGCGCCGCGCCAGAACCCGCCCCCGCGCGUUUCCCGGGACGCCGCCGGGGACCGCGGGCCGAGGGGGCGGGGGCGCGAGCGGGAACGGCGGCCGCGACUCCCCUGCGGCCCCUGGCGACGCGGAGGGGGUGGGGGGGCGCAGAUUCGGCGCGGCGACCGCGGCGGGGAAGUCCGGGCCCCUACUUUCGGUUAGAAGCCCCGGGCUUCCAGCGGCGCCGCGCCCCCGCCCCCGCCGGCCGGCUCGCGCUUUCGGACGGUGACGCAGCGGUCCGGGUAGGCGAAGUCUGCGCGGAAGCCCGGAACCUCCCCGGCCGCCGGCGCCUCCCCGCCCGCCCCCGCGCUGCCCCCAGGCCGCGCCUGCUCGGGGCCUGCGCUGGGGUAGCCCCGGGAGCCCAGGCGGGACGCCCUCUGGGCGCGGGCUCGCUGAUAAACCUUCGGUCGGGUUCAUCACUCGUGUCACAGGCCUAGUGACGUGCGUUCUAUUACUAGCGUCACUUAGAGGUGAGGAAACAGGCUCAAAAAACUACCCGGUUACGUGCUUGCAGUCAAAUAGAAGGCAGAGCUGCGAAGCAAAUGCAGGUUUGUCUUGACAGAGCUUUGUCCCACUUCUCUCCGAUCGGCCUCUCCCGGCUUUCAUUCCGGCGAGCAGCCAACAGGUAACACGUGGGACAGGUACACUGAGAGGAGGAGCCCCUCUUUACGGGGCAGCGGGGUAGUUUGCUUCUGGUGGGUGCUCCCUUUUGCCCCAGGGUGCCGUGAAAGUAUUAUUAUCCAGGUGUAUCACGAAGUGCACAAAGUUGGAAAGCAUUUCGCAGAACUUCUGCCUCUGCUUUCAAACUGCAUAUUGGGAUCCGGGACACCUUACCUGAAGGAUCUAGUGGAGGGUUAAAGAAGACCGUGUUUACAUGGGUGCCAGCAUCCCGACGGUCUUCAAGGCAUAUUAAUUCUCUUUUCUUUUUGCAACGUUCCCAGGGACAUCUGGGAACUCACUCACCCUUCUAGCACUGGAGAGGGGACACAGUCAUUUUAGGUCAGUACCCUCUCUGGCAGAUGAAAGAUUUAAUCCGCUCAACGGGAAAAUCACUUACCCCUCCCUUCAUCUAAAUUAGUGACAGACUGCGAGCUAGGGCCCCUGUCUCUUGGAAGCGUGCAAGGGCUCUUGUCACCUCACCUUCCUUUUCCUCCCAGAACCUUCAGAACGCUCUGAGGCCAGAACGUGACUUCCUCGGAGACCUGACGACAGUGAUGUGGGCGGGGACCUCCGGGAAGGAGGAGGAAGUCAAGUCACCAGGUUGGCAGCUGUCCUGUCUGCCACCCGUUAGAAAGGGACCCAGCGCCUCAGGCCUGGAACCAGCCCUACAGGCCUGGGCCUCUUUGCUGGCUGGGACUGGGCCCUUUUAGAAGAGCUGAAGCCCAGUGAAAGAUAAAGGUGUGUGUGUGUGUGUGUGUGUGUGUGUGUGUGUGUGUGUGUGUGUGUGGGUUCUGGCUGUGGAAUGUCCACAUUCAGUAGAUUAGGGUAGGAAGGAAUAUGCUGCUGGCUUUCACAUUUUCUCCUGGAUGGGACAGAGUCCUUCCAUGGUAAAUGAUUUCAGGAUCAGCACAGAAUUUUGAGAGGAGUUUAUCUUGAAAAGUGAAGCAUGCCAAUGCUUCAAAAGUUUUCUAACAUUUCUAACAUUGCCAAAUCUUGGGAACUGUUUGGGUUUUAAAAUCACUGAGCGCUGGAGGAGCUGUUUCCCCCUUCUAUGCCUCUAUUUUGUGAAAUGAGGCUAAAAUACCUGGGCAGCCCUUUUCCCUUUUCCCUUGGGUACCCUGGAAUGCUGGGAUUAUGAAUGGCAUCUGAGAAGAGUUCCCUCCAAAGGGAAGUUGGACCACAGAAGGACCGGACUCUCUCCUUUGAAAACAAAGUCCUCCUUUUUUAAAUCACAAAAGUACUUACUACUCAUUGUACACAAGUUAUAUUUUCCUCCAAGCCAGAAUCAGAAAGAAGGUAAAAAAAUUGAAAAUUGAAAUUCCACACCCAGGAAACCAUUGUUAGCAAUUUGAUGUAUAGCAUUGAAUAUAUGCAGACCGAACACACUGCUUUUUCCCUUGAACAGCCUUUUUUCCUUGAAUGAAAUAUCAUGACAUGCCACUAAAUAUUUUCCAUAUAUUUUUUCCCAUAUGUGUUUUGAAUGGGUAUUUAGUAUUCCAUUGUACAUUUAUUUAGCUAAAGUCCAACUGAAGAAUUAAAAUUGUGCUCAGGUUUUUGCUAUUGAAACAGCAAUGAAGUGUGAACCUUGUAGCUAAAUCUUUGAGCACAUUCUCCAUUAUUUAUACAGGUAAAUUUCCUGGAUGUGGUGUUUCUAGGGAUAAAGAUUGCUCUACAGUAACUUCUUAAGUUUGAUUCCCUCCACACCAUCCCCUCCCCACUCCAGUGCUUUCCCAGACUUCCUGUACCAUUUAUUCACCAAGAAUUUACUGAACACCCAUCACAUACCAGACAUGCCUUGAUACAGAGAUGAAUACUUCGUAGCACAAGGUGCCAUAAAUGUCAGAGAAAGCUUUGGGUAGUCACAUGCUCAGUUUGAGGAGGGUCAUAAAAAAACAGUUGAAUUUUUUAAAAAUUCAAUUUAAUAAACAUAUUAUUAGUUUCAGAGGUAGAAUUAGUGAUACAUCAGUUGCAUGUAACACCCAGUGCUCAUUCCAUCAAGUGUCCUCCUCAAUGCCCUUCACCCACGUACCCCAUCCUCUCAGCCCCUCCCCUCCAGCAGCCCACAGUUUGCUUCUGUAGUUAAGAGUCUCUUAUGGUUUGUCUCCCUCUCUGUUUUUGUCUUAUUUUAUUUUUUCUUCCCUUUCCACGCAUUCAUGUUUUGUUUCUUGAAUUCCACGUGUAUGUGAAGUCAUAUCUUUGUCUUUCUCGGACUUAUUUUGCUUAGCAUAAUACUCUCUAGUUCCAUCCACAUUGUUGCAAAUGGCAAGAUUUCCUUCUUUUUGAUGGCUGACUAAUAUUCCAUUGUAUAUAUAAACUACCUCUUUAUCUAUUCAUCUGUUGAUGGACAUCUAGGUUCUUUCCGUACUUUGGCUAUUGUGAACAUUGCUGCUAUAAACAUUGGGGUGCAUGGGCUCCUCUGAAUCACUGUUUUUAUCCUUUGGAUAAAUACCUCAUAGUGUAAUUGCUGGGUCAUGGGGUAGCUCAUUUUUAACUUUUUAAGGAACCUCCAUACUG